GCCAAAUCCCAAACAAACAUGGCGGCGUAUUUACGUAGCGUCGCUCUCCCGGCAGCUUUAGCGCUUAUUCCGCUGGUCCUGGUUGUGUUUUUUGCCGCAGGUUGGGAUUGUUGGUGGCCGCUAUUGUCUACGGCGCUUGCCGGCCUGCUCGCUGUGCUUUUGCUGCGGUGGAGGAGCGACGGGACGGAGCGGCAGGUGUGCGUGCUGGUGCUGGGGGACAUCGGCCGCAGUCCCCGCAUGCAGUAUCACGCCUUGUCCCUCAGCAAACAUGGUUAUCACGUGACUCUGGUCGGAUUUUUAGACAGCAAACCUCACAAGGAUGUGCUGAGAGAGGAGAGAAUUCACAUCAUCGCAGUCGCAGAGGUGAAAGGCAUCAGAGGGGGCCCAAAGAUCCUGACAUACGUGACGAAAGUCCUCGUCCAGUUUGUGCAGCUUCUGGUGGUGCUGCUGAGAAUGAAGCUGCAGGCUCAAAUCCUAAUGCAGAAUCCCCCUGGUCUGCCCGGUAUAGCGGCGGCCUGGCUGGUGUGCGUCCUGCGAGGCAGCCGCUUGGUCAUCGACUGGCACAACUACGGCUUCACCAUCAUGGCGCUCAGCCUGGGCAAAACGCACCUGCUUGUGCGCCUGGCAAAGUGGUAUGAACAUGUCUUCGGCACCCUGGCGACUCACAACCUGUGUGUGACCAACGCCAUGAAGGACGACCUGUGCCGGAACUGGGGCAUCAAGGCGACCACUCUCUACGACAGACCGGCCGCCAUUUUUAGGGAGACGCCGCUGAAGGCGCGGCAUGAACUUUUUGUGAGGCUUUCACGCACGCUUCCCGUGCUCCAGUGCAGCAGGCAGGAUGAUGAUGACAAAGCAGUCGAGGCGACCGUCUUCUCCGUGAGGGACCUCGCCAAGGACACUGUGACGUUAAGGCCGGGCCGACCCGCCCUGCUGAUGAGCAGCACAAGCUGGACAAAGGAUGAGGACUUCUCCAUCCUCCUGCAGGCUCUCCAAGAAUACGAAGGUUUUAUUCAAGGAGGGGCGUCUUUGCCGGAGCUCAUCUGCAUCAUCACAGGCAAAGGUCCUCAGAAGGAACACUACAUGAAGACCAUUGACUCUCUGAGUCUGAAGCAUGUGAAGAUCUGCACACCCUGGCUGGAGGCAGAGGACUAUCCUGUGUUGUUAGGUUCGGCUGACUUGGGUGUUUGUCUCCACAAGUCGUCCAGCAAUCUGGACCUGCCCAUGAAGGUGGUGGACAUGUUUGGCUGCUGCCUGCCCGUCUGCGCCAUCAACUACAAGUGCUUACAUGAGCUGGUGAAGCACGAAGACAACGGACUGAUCUUCAGAGACGCUCAGCAGCUGGCUGAGCAGCUCAAAUCUCUUCUCUCAGAGUUUACCAACACCUACGGCAGACUUGGCGUCUUCAGGAGGAACCUCCGUGCCAGCAGAGGGCAGCGCUGGGACGACAACUGGGACCAAAAUGUCCUUCCGCUUAUGUCUUCUUCCUGACCGGACUGGGAUUCUUCGCUUUUGUACUACAAGCAGCAAUUAUGACUGAGCACUAAGAACUUUUCUUCUUCUGCAGAGACACUUUAUGGGAACAUUUGUAAAUAAAACCAUCUUUAAUGUCA